AUGGCACUGAUCCCUACCGACACUUUGUCCGAGUUUGAACAACAAUACUCUGUUCAAACGGCAGAGAUUACUUCGCGAAUUGGGCGACUUCCUUCAGUAGCAGUGCCAGAACGAGCAUCUGCGGUGCAAAAUAUUCAGCGAUUACUGACUGAAGUUCAGGAGCUUUUAGAACAAAUGGAACUUGCAGUCCGAGAUUUACCCGUGGGGAGUAGUGAAAGAUCGAAAUAUGAAAAUAGAGCUCGGAGCUAUUACUCCGACAAACGACAACUAGACUUCGAAUUAGAAAAAGCUGUUCAACGGUUACGUGAAGUCGCGGACAGAAAUGAGUUAUUGGCCUUUGAUGAAGCUGUUCAAAUGGAUCAACAAGAAGAUCAAUUAAUUGCCAAUACUCAGAGGCUUGAGCGUUCAUCUCGCAAGUUACAAGAUGCUUAUCGAAUGGCCAUUGAAACAGAAGAAAUUGGGACAGAAGUUUUGAGUAACUUAUCUGCUCAGAGGGAUACCAUAAAUAGGGCUCGUGAAAGAAUGAGAGAUGCUGAUGCUGAAUUGAGCCAGAGCACACGUUUACUGAACACCAUGAUCAGAAGGGUUAUUCAAAAUCGCCUGUUGCUUCUCAUCGUAGCAGUAGUUAUGAUGUUCUCCCUGCUCUUUAUAGUCUACAAAGUGGUCUAG